AUGUGCGAACAACAGCUGAAUACGUUAUUUGUAGGAGAAGUUGAAAAACAUCCUGUUUUGUACAAUUUUACGCUUCCUGGAUAUUCGAAGAAAGAUGAAAGUGAAAAGGCAUGGGAUGAAGUUGGAAAAAGAGUGAAUAUGACAGUGGCUCAAUGCAAAGAAAGAUGGAAAAACCUACGUGCUGUUUAUACUCGAAACAUGAAAUGCUCCAAAAGUGGUUCGGGAGCAAAGCCAAAGAAAGCGUACUACCUUUUAGAAGCUAUGCAGUUUUGUCUUCCAUAUAUUAAGGCAUUAGGUACGCCUUCAGGGAAUUUACCCCGUCCACCACAACAGGAAGAAAAUGAGCUAUUCGAAAAUAAUGACACUGGAAGUAUAGUAUUGCCAGAACCUCCUUUAUCGCAACAGGAGCUUCAAUCGCCGCCGCCACAGCCACUACCACUGCUCUCCACUCAAACUGCUGAAAUGUCUCAACAGUGGGAAACUCUGCCUGGACCUUCACCAUCACAUCAUAUACCGAAGAAGAAGCGUUUCGUGAACAAUGAAGCAGUUGACAAAGCGUUCAUCGAUUACUUUCAGGCCAAAAAAACCAAAACGUUGACCAAAACAGGCCUUGCCAACCAGGAUCCAAAAAGUGAGGGGCUGAAAAUGUUCCUUCUAAGCAUGCUGCCUGAUCUUCUGAAAAUGUCUGAUGAAGAGGUGUGA